ACAGCUAAAAACCCUUCUGGAAGCGGGUGGUGAGCUCUGCUCCCUGCAGCUCCACAAACGCUUCUUGAAAGAAUAAGCGAAUGGGUCCUCUCUGUGUCCAAAUCCUGGGCUCAGCUUUCUCACCUCUUUGCCCACACCCUCCAUCGCCCACCUAGCACCUUGGUGCUGCUGAUCACUCCCCCCGCAUGUCUGUGCCCCACUCCUGGGCACACUCCAUCCUCCUGAGGCUGACUGAGCUCUCACUUGAGGGAGGGAAGAUCAAGACUCUGGUGAGUGCUGGGGGUCCUCCCAUUAGCCCAGCCUGGCCUCUGCUCUCCCCAGCCUCCCCAUUUCACCCCCUCACCACCCCAGGGACAGAACAGGCUGCCUGGCCAGCACCUAGCCUUGGGGGCUUUAAUAAGUAGAUGGGGGAAGGCAGACUUUUGUGUUAGUCUUUGUGAACAGCCUUAGGGGCAGGCGGCUUCAUACCUCAGUUUGUUCAUCCAUUAAGUGGGGGACAAUAGGUGUGAAAACACCCCAAGGCAGACCAGAGCUGGGGGCUGAGGGCCAGAUACCAUCCUCCUUCCAGGGACAUCUGGACAAUCUGCAGGUGUCCCCCAUCCAGUCUCCCCCCACCCCCAUUCCCCAAAGGCCCAGGGGCACCUGGCCCUACCCCCAGCCCAGGGAAGGAAGAAAGCAAUUACUAAGUUACAGGUUAAAUCAAUGCGUGUCUUGAGGGCGGGGCUUCCAACACUACCCCCCCCCCCCAAACCCUGUGGGGCAGGGUGGCAGGCCUCCUCAAAGGAGAGGUUGGGGGUAGCCCUCCAAACACCCUCUGGGUGGGGUAUGUGGCUCUAAAUUGCAGGUGCCCCUUGCAGACUGUGUCCUGUAUCCCCCUUGCCCCACUCAGAGACCAAACAUCUCCUUGGCAGGUGCAUUUACAGGGAGCAGCAGCUAGUCCCCCUGUGACAAUAAGAAGUCUCCCACAGGCUAUUCCUUCCCCUUCACAAUCCCUUGGAGGUAUAAGGAGGGAACUGACAGCCCAGACUCCUAGGCUCCAGAGAGGGGAAGGGAGGGGCAGGGAGGAAGUGGAGAAGGACGAGCUUGGGGCAGGCAGGGUUUCUCCUCUCUCUGCCCCAACGCCUGGCACAUAUUGCCCAGCCAUGGGGACCUUCGACCUGUGGACAGAUUACCUGGGUUUGGCACGUCUGGUGGGGGCUCUGCGUGGGGAAGAAGAGCCUGAGACCAGGCUGGACCCCCAGCCAGAACCAGUGCCAGGACCAGGGGAUCCGAGGUCCAGCCCGGAACCCUCACCAGCUCCAGAACGCUUGUGCUCUUUCUGCAAACACAACGGCGAGUCCCGGGCCAUCUACCAGUCCCACGUGCUCAAGGACGAGGCGGGCCGGGUGCUGUGCCCCAUCCUUCGAGACUACGUGUGCCCCCAGUGCGGUGCCACUAGAGAUCGAGCCCACACCCGCCGCUUCUGCCCGCUCACCGGCCAAGGCUACACCUCUGUCUACAGCUACACCACCCGCAACUCUGCAGGCAAGAAGUUGGCUCGGUCUGACAAGGCGAGGACACAGGACUCCAGUCACCAUAGAGGAGGAGGAGCCAGUGCAGGUUCCAAAGGUGCCAGGAAGUCGUCGGGACCUUCGCCCUCUUCCUGCUACCCCUCCAAUUCUGCCUAGAGGGCAGGUGCGGGGAGGACGCCCGGGAUGCAGUCUUCCCCAAGCCUGGGGACUUCUUGAAGGCUGGAUUUCAGGGAAGAUGCAUCAGGCAAGGACCCUCCCCUGCACCCCUCCCCCAGCCUGGGCCUUGAAUGAGGGAGCAGCGCCAGGAAACACGACCCAAAGAGCCCUGUGAGGAAGGAGGUGGCCCCGGGACAACCUGCCCUCCCUCCCCAGCCCUGGGCGCCCAGUCAGCUCUCAAUAAAUGCUAUGAAUGGAUCAGUGGUCAGAUGAGGCUGGUCUUGAGACAGGUUAGUGGGAACAGCUUCGGAGGGGCUGGGGCACCUCUUUUCUCUCCUGGCUGUUAGCCUGCACAUGUUCCCGUGAUUCCUACUUUCCCGACUGCUAUUUGGAUUUCAGUUCACCCUGAGGCUCUGGGGGAGCAGAGAAAUGGGAGUGGGCGCCAUAGGGUGGCUGUGGGGCUUUGAGAGGUGGCUCCUUUCCUGGCACUUCUGGGCAUGACUUCUGCUGCUGGCAUAUUUGGGACUUUUUCUGAUGUUUUCAAACCCCCUUUCAGCCACUCAUAACAUAUUGACAUGCUAAAUAGGUGGAAUCUCACACGCUGGGGGUGAGGGCCUGAUAUGGGGGGAGAAAUGAAGAGACAAUUAGACCAAGCCUCCCUCACCCCCAUUGUCCUCGCCAAGGAGGCCCUCAGUGAAUGUUUUCCAUCGCACCACAAUGCCCCCGUGACUUGGGCCAUGGAGUCAAUAUACCAAGCCCUUCUGGGUGGGGGCCAGAAUGGGACU